AUUGUGUCUAAGAAUUCUAGCCAUUUUGUUCGGGUUCAUUUCUGUGACAUUGUUGGUACAUCAACGGGUAGCAUUACAUUCAACUUGUACCUUAAUAGCAUCUUCCCUCAGAAAAUCGAUCCUUAUGAAAAAGCUGGUGACGUGGGGUCACCGUUUUACGUGGAUUUUGUAGUUGAUUCUGAUGAGUCGGGGGUUAUGAAUGUCUGCAUUGGUCCUUCGAAAGAUUCUCCGGAGCAAUUUACUGCGUUUUUGAAUGGAGUGGAGAUAAUGGAUAUCAUGGGUGAAUCAAGUGUAGUUAUCAAGCCAGAUAAAAGUACGAAAACUGUCUUCCUUGUGGUCGGUCCUGUUGUUGGGGGUCUACUUGUUUGUGUCUUGGCAGUUGGGUUGUUUAUUGUUUUGAAGAAGAGGAAGAGAACAUCUGUUAAAACUUCAGUUUGGUCGCUGUUCAGUGGACACGGCGGCGGCAGUUCCGAUAGCAAAGGGACCGAUAGAACCAUCAAUGUCUCCCAGGUCCCAAAUUUGAACCUCGGCCUAAGAAUUCCCUUUGCCGAAAUUCAGUCCGCUACAAACAAUUUUGAUGAGAAGCUGGUGAUCGGAAGGGGUGGAUUCGGAAAUGUUUACAAAGGACAACUCAAAAACGGCCUGACAGUUGCUGUGAAACGGAGUCAACCAGGGUCGGGCCAAGGGUUUGAUGAAUUUCUAACGGAAAUCAUGAUCCUAUCGAAGAUUCGCCACCGUCAUCUUGUUUCCCUGAUUGGAUACUGUGAUGAAAGGUUUGAGAUGAUACUGGUUUAUGAACUCAUGGAAAAGGGGACACUGCGGGAUCAUCUUUACAACACAGAGCUGCCUUGUUUGUCCUGGAAACAGAGGCUUCAAAUCUGCAUCGGUGCAGCCAGUGGCCUUAAUUACCUCCACAAAGGUUCCACCGGAGGAAUCAUCCACCGUGAUAUCAAGACGACAAAUAUUCUGCUUGAUGAAAACUUCAACGCCAAAGUUGCAGAUUUCGGGCUCUCCAAGUCAGCUCCGUUGAACGAAACCCAUGUAAACACAGGGAUCAAAGGCACAUUUGGUUACCUCGAUCCUGAAUACUUCCAAACACAACAAUUAACUGAGAAAUCCGAUGUUUACUCCUUUGGCGUUGUGCUUCUUGAGGUGCUAUGUGCAAGACCGGUUAUUAUUAGUAAAGAUCCCCAGCUUCCAAUGGAACAGGUGAACUUAGCGGAAUGGGGACUUCUCUGCCACCGAAAAGGGUUGCUUGACACGAUCGUGGAUCCAUCGAUAAAGGGUGAGAUCAAUCCCAACUCAUUGAGGAAAUUUGCAGAGACGGUAGAGAAAUGUCUCCAGGAAGAUAGUGCGGAUCGACCUAGCAUGGGCGACGUGCUGUGGGACUUGGAGUAUGCUUUACAACUCCAGCAAACUGCAUUGUACAGAGAGCCCCACGAGGACAGCACCAUUGAGGCUACCUCCGCUUACACUCCCCCAGAUCACUUCUUCAUCGACUGUGGCUCAAAAGCCAACGCUAGCGGCAGCGGUGGCCGGACUUUCGUCGGGGAUUUGAUCUACCCAGUUUCCUUGUCUUUUACCAAACGGAAAAGCUCUGUCAUAACAAACAGCCAGAUAUCAGAUGUUCUGUACCAAACAGCACGAAUUUUCAAACAGCAAUCUUCUUAUGACUUCGACAUCGACACCGGGGGGAUUUAUCUGGUACGUCUUCAUUUCUUCAAUUCAACUAAUGUCUCCACAGCUAUUUUUGAUGUUUCAACUGCUCAAUUUCCCCUGUUGAAAAAUUUCACCAUUCUAAGAAGCAGUACCAACGAUAGCAAUUCUCCUCUCAUAAACGAAUUCUUCCUAAACAUCACUCAAGGAAAAUUUUCAAUCUACUUUACCCCUCAAAGAUACUCUUUCGCCUUCAUAAACGCCAUAGAAGUCUUCCUUGCUCCAGAAAAUUUCAUCCCUGACAAGGCUCCAAGACCACCUAAUAACAGUUACAGUGGUAUACUCUCCCGCGCUUUACAGACAAUUUACAGAAUCAAUGUUGGGGGAGAAAAAGUAACACCAGAUAAUGAUACCUUAUGGAGGACAUGGAUACCUGAUGACGGAUUUUUAAAUAAUCCAAGAAUGGCAAAGAAGAGCACACCUUAUUCGGCUAGGCCUAAUUAUCAAGGAGCAUUUACUGAGUUUAUUGCACCUGAUCCUGUGUACCAAACUGCCAUUGAGAUGAACAUAGAUAGUAGUAAGUUCUCAAACACAUCCAAUGUGACGUGGUCCUUCAUUGUGUCUAAGAAUUCUAGCCAUUUUGUUCGGGUUCAUUUCUGUGACAUUGUUGGUACAUCAGCGGGUAGCAUUACAUUCAACUUGUACCUUAAUAGCGUCUACCCUCAGAAAAUCUCUCCUUAUGACACAGCUGGUGACGUGGGGUCACCGUUUUACUUGGAUUUUGUAGUUGAUUCUGAUGAAUCGGGGGUCAUGAAUAUCUGCAUUGGUCCUUCGGAAGAUUCGCUGGAGCAUUAUACUGCGUUUUUGAAUGGAGUGGAGAUAAUGGGUAUCAUGGAUGAAUCAGGUUUAGUUAUCAAGUCCGAUGAAACUAAGAAAACUGUCUUCCUUGUGGUCGGUCUUGUUGUUGGGGGUCUAUUUUGCGUCUUCGCUGUUGGAUUGUUUAUUGUUUUGAAGAAGAGGAAGAGAACUCCAGUUGAAACUUCAAUUUGGUUGCCGUUAAGUGUACACGGCAGCGAAAGUACCCAUAGCAGGGGGACCAACGGAACCAUGAAUGUGUCCCCUGUCCCAAAUUUGAACCUUGGCUUGAGAAUUCCCUUCGCUGAAAUUCAGUUUGCUACAAACAAUUUUGAUAAGAAGCUACUGAUCGGAAAGGGUGGAUUCGGGAAUGUUUACAGAGGAAAACUCAAAAAUGGCUUGAAAGUUGCUGUGAAACGGAGUCAACCGGGGUCCAGCCAAGGUUUACCGGAGUUUCAGACAGAAAUCAUGAUCCUAUCGAAAAUCCGCCACCGCAAUCUUGUUUCCCUAAUUGGAUACUGUGAUGAAAGGUUUGAAAUGAUAUUGGUUUAUGAGUUCAUGGAAAAUGGGACAUUGCGAGAUCAUCUUUACGGUGCAAACCUGCCUUGUUUGCCCUGGAAACGGAGGCUUCAAAUCUGCAUCGGUGCAGCCAGUGGCCUUAAUUACCUCCACAAAGGUUCUGCCGGUGGAAUCAUCCACCGUGAUAUCAAGUCGACAAACAUCCUGCUCGGUGAAAACCUCAAUGCCAAAGUUGCAGACUUCGGGCUCUCCAAGUCAGCUCCGAUGGACCAAGCCUCUGUAAACACAGGGAUCAAAGGCACAUUCGGUUACCUUGAUCCUGAAUACUUCCAAACACAAAAAUUAACUGAAAAAUCCGAUGUUUACUCAUUUGGCGUUGUGCUUCUUGAGGUGUUAUGUGCAAGACCGGCUAUUAGUAGAGAUCCCCAGCUUCCUAGGGAACAGGUGAAUUUAGCGGAAUGGGGACUUAUUUGCCACCGAAAGGGGUUGCUUGACACGAUCGUGGAUCCAUCAAUAAAGAGUCAGAUCAAUCCCAAUUCAUUGAGGAAAUUUGCAGAGACAGCAGAGAAAUGUCUGCUGGAAGAUGGUGCGGAUCGACCUAGCAUGGGCGACGUAUUGUGGGACUUGGAGUAUGCUUUACAACUCCAGCAAACUGCGGUGUGCAGAGAGCCCCACGAGGACAGCACCACUGAAGCUACCUCUGGUUUUCAAAUGGUUAACGUCCAGGGACUCCCUUCACAUAGCCUGCAAAUUGAGAGAGACGACAUGCCCAUUUUGAGGGACAGCACCACAGAUGAGUCUUUCCCAUCGGCCAGUGAAGUGUUUUCACAACUGAAAAUCAACCGUGCAAGAUAAGGCCUUUUAUUCUCUUUCAAACUAGUGUUUAAAUAUAAGAUUGCACUUUGCAUUGUGAUCAAUUGAUCAAAAUCUAAAAUGGAAAAUUCCUUGGGAAUCCAGUCAUUUGUUGCACGGUUGCUUCCCAAAAGAGGUCUGACGACUCUGUUUUCUGUUCUCUUCGCCUUCAUCCUUGUAAACCCAUUUCCAUUAUCUUAUCAAUCAAUGAUAAAUGCCACAAAACUCCGUCAAUCCUAAAGGAAUCAUCAAUAUUUCAGAAAAUGGAAGAUUAUGGGUGUAAUUAUAUACCGUGUGGUGCUGUUUGUCUAUGGAAUCCAGCUCCCUAUAGUAUUCUGUCUCCACAAAUUCAUCUAUCACCUCCAAUGCUCCCUCAACCGAAAUUUUCACCUAAGAAUAAUACCACAAAAUCAAAGAUGGUAGAAAGAAAAGUAUAACCCAGAA